AUGUCCACUAGAAACUUAACUUCACGGUCAGGGAAUGCCAACUCGUCUUCCAACUCGCCGGAAACAACACCGCAAGAGUUGCAAAAUCCCUUCAGUCAAGAGUAUGAACUGCGCAGUUUCGAAAACGAUUCCCAUUCGGACGAACAGCAGCAAAUCUUCAAAGAGCCCUACCAGAACUCGUCGUCGUCGUUUUCGAACAAUAACUAUAACAUGUCACAUUCCAACUCUUCAAAUGGAUUGUUGGCCCCAGAAUAUGAUAGAUAUCCAUCGGUUGCAAACUCAAGAAUUGCCUCGAUGAACUCUUUAAACUCCAAAGCUUCGUUGAUGCAUAGAAGAAAUAACAGCGAUGACUCGACGCAAUCUAGCGAUCCAUCAUCUAACCCCUUCCUGGUUGACACGGACUUCUCUCCUUUUGGAGGCUAUCCUGCUUCCUCAUUUCCUCUCACGAUAGACGAUAAGGAAGAAGAUGACCAUAUUCACAAUCCAGAUCCCAUCGCCGAUGCCGAGUAUGAGAAGCACAGAUUUAUCAAUGAUAUGAAAAGCAUGGACAGGAAAUCCUUUUGGGGUUUCUUUGCUAUCUUGGCUUUGGCUAUCGGUGUUCUGCUGUUGUUGAUUCUCCUGCCCUUGCUCACAUAUACUGGUGUCACAGGACACAGACAUCAGUUAGAGACUUAUGUUUUGUUAACAGACUACACUUAUCCACAACUCUCAGCUAUCAGGACCGAUUUGGUAGACCCUGAUACUCCAGAAGAUGCGAAAACAAGAGUAAGCAAAGACGGUGACGAAUGGACGUUAGUUUUCAGCGACGAGUUCAAUAUUGAAGGAAGAACUUUCUAUGAAGGUGAGGAUCAGUAUUGGUAUGGGGCAGAUUUGCACUACGAUGCCACAAAAGAUUUGGAAUGGUAUGAUCCCGAUGCUGCAAUCACCUCUGAAGGUGCACUGAACAUCCGUCUUGAUACCUACAGAAAUCACAAUCUGAACUACCGCUCUGCGAUGCUACACUCUUGGAACCAAAUGUGCUUUACUCAGGGUAUUAUAGAGGUCUCGGCUAUGCUUCCCGGCUACGGUGACAUCUCUGGUCUAUGGCCUGGUAUAUGGACUUUGGGAAAUUUGGCAAGACCUGGUUACCUGGCAACCACUGAAGGUGUGUGGCCUUACUCUUAUGAUACCUGUGAUUCCGGUAUUACGGCGAACCAAUCGUCCGCUGAUGGUAUUUCCUUUUUACCUGGUCAAAAACUGAACGCCUGUACUUGCAGGGGUCAGGAACAUCCUAAUAGGGGACAUGGAAGAGGUGCUCCAGAAAUUGAUAUUGUAGAAGCUGCAAUGGGUGACAUCAGUCCCACUGAGAAAGUUGGUGUCGUCUCCCAAUCCGUCCAGCUUGCUCCCUUCGACAUUUGGUAUAUACCUGAUUACGAGUUUGUGGAGAUUCACAACGAAAGUGUUACCCUAAUGAAUACGUAUGCUGGAGGUCCUUUCCAACAAGCCGUUUCUGGUGUGACCACACUGAAUCAUUCAUGGUACGAGAGGGCAGAAGAUCCUCAUUUCCAGAAUUACGCGUUUGAGUAUACGUAUGGAAGUAAUGGAUACAUCCGAUGGUUUGUCGGUGAUGAUCCUACUUUUACAGUCCAUGCCAAUGCAUUCCAUCCUGAUGGUAACAUUGGUUGGAGACCAAUAUCCACAGAACCCAUGUCUAUUAUUAUGAACCUGGGAUUAUCUAAUAACUGGGCUUAUAUUGACUGGCCGUCGCUCAACUUUCCGGUUACCAUGAAAAUUGACUAUGUGCGAGUGUACCAGCCACCAGGUGCCAUUAACGUAGGAUGCGAUCCAGCAGAUCACCCAACGUACGACUACAUCCAACAACACAGUAACGCGUAUCAAAACGUCAACCUUACAAGUUGGAAGAUGGCAGGCUACACUUUCCCUACUACGAAUCUGACUGGCGGCUGUUAG